AUGAUCCAAGCAGCACCGCCAUCCUCGCCGCUGCUGCGGCGCAGCGCCGAGACCACUAGCAACAGGGCCUCCGCCUCCUGCACCAUCGCGCUGAUUGCCAUUUUUACCGCCGCUGCCGCCUGCGCCAUCCUCUCCUCGCAACCGCCGCAUGAGCUCCCCCCCAAAGAUCCAGCCUUCAAUGUCGUCGAUCGCCGUGGCCGCGCUGUCAUCAUCUCGGACGCCCACGUGCUGCAGCGCUACAAUGCGUCGUAUGGCAAGUCGUGCCGCUGCGCGGGCCGCUGUGGUCCAAACCAGACGGGCACCGCCUCGUGGCAAGCGUGCCCCGACAGCUGCCUACUUCCAGAGCCGGGCAGCCCGUUUGGCCAGUACGGGUGUGACGGGCCGCCAGCGCUGGUCAAGAUGGCCUUCCGAGAGGCGCGGCGGCUGGUCGCGUCGCCCGACUUUGUGCUGUAUCUCGGGUGCAUGUCGGGCCAUGACAUGCCGAACCUCGCGACGGCCAUGUCGAACCUGCGCCUCGUCCGCGACCAGCUGCACGCGUUGUACGAGGGCAGCGUGAUCUCGUGUCCGGUCAUCGGCAACAACGACGUCUUUGAGGACUACCAGGCGAGCCUCGCCGCCGGCGGGUUCUACGCGCAGCAGCUCGUGCCUCCCUCCGCCUCGCGGCCAGGCCUGCGCCUCGUCGCCAUCAACACGAACCUCUACUCCGCCGUCGGGCCGCGCAUGCCGUGGAACGCUCCUUGGAGCCCCUCCACGCUCCCCGACCCGCGCGGCCAGUUUGCCUGGCGCGAGCGGCGGGUCGCGGCCAUGCUCGAGCAGCAGCUCGCGGCUGUCGCUGCGGCGGGCGAGCGCGCGUACAUCGCGGGGCACCUCCCGCCGACUCUCGACUCGUUCCGCAGAGAGCCGAUGUGGAACCAGAUCUACGCGGACCGCUUCUUUGCGAUUGUGCGGCGGCAGAUCGGCGCGAGCCCGGCGGAGCGCUCCCCGGCCGCCAGCGUGAUCGACGGCCUCUUCUUCAGCCACCUCCACUCCGACGAGUUUCGGCUGAUCCCGGGCGUCACCGCCGCCGCCGCGCCCAUCAUCCACAUCAUCUCGUCGGUCACGCCCAUCUACGGAGGCAACCCGACCGUCUACGAGAUGCGGCACGCCGCCGCCGCGCCGGCGGAGGCAGACCGCAGCCGCGGCGUCUCGUUUCGGCCGGUGCGGCUGACGCAGCACGCGGCCCUUCUCGGCGACGCCAGCUUCACCAAGGCGAUCACCACGCCCGCCGCCUUUCGCGCCGCCGGCAUCUCGAACGGAGACUACGCGGCGGUGUACCGCGCGAUGCACGAAAAGUACCACUCGUGGAAUGGCGGCGCAGAGAGCUGCAGCAGCACAGCCGACCGGCUCCAGACUUGCGCGACUUGCACGAAUGGCUGCCGCAUCGCGAACGCUUGCCUUUACAGGGCCGCAGCGGGCGGCCGUGCCGCGUGGCAGCGCUGCGUGGACACGACGACGCUCGGCGGCGCGGCGUGCAGCGACGACAGACACUGCGGCGAAGGCUUCGGCUGCCAGUGCACGGCCCGGCGCUGCUCGUGUGAACUGGAGCAAUAG